AUAUUCUAAAUAAUAAAUAGGAUCUAUCGCGUGUGUCUAUACAAUUUGCAGUGAAAUGUCUGGACCAGGGAACCAGCCACCGGCUGGGGGGAAUCCCCCUUUCAACCCUCAAGGUCCGAUGAUGAUGCCACCAUUUGGGGGGCCAGGGAUGCCCCCACCACCAUUCCCCAUGCCAGGUCAGGGGCCUCCCCCAUCGGGUGGGCCUCCGCCACAGGGAGGGCCAGGACCCGGGGGAGGACCCCCGAUGAACAUGCCGCCACCAAACUUUGGGCAACCCCCUCCUGGAAUGCCUCCUAUGCCUCCUCCCAUGGGCAUGCCGCCCCCUGGAUGGCCCAACGCACCCAACAUGGGCAUGCCCCCUAUGAUGCCACCAGGCUUCCCUCCAGGAAUGUUUCCACCCGUUGUACCUCCUACAGUACCACCUGUAUCUACCAUGCCAUCGGCUAAAACAAUCUCUGCAGAAACAACCGCCACUACUGCUGCAUCAGCUCCAACAGGAAGUGCUUUAGGUUCAGAGACGACUGCUAAGCCUUCGUCAUCUGGUGACAACAAACCUAGUGAGAGUAAACCAACUCUGAAGGAUACAGUCCAGGGAGGGGGAGACGAAUCACAAGCUAAGAAAAAGCUGGAUUAUUCUGCCAUUGGAAAUAAGAGCCAGUGGACAGAGCACAAAGCACCAGACGGAAGGACGUACUACUAUAACAAUAAUACCAAGCAAUCCAAGUGGGAAAAACCUGAUGACCUCAAGACAAGGGCCGAAAUCCUUUUGUCUGAAUGUCCUUGGAAGGAAUUUAAAUCGGAUUCCGGGAAGUUAUACUUCCAUAACAGUCAAACCAAGGAGUCUAAGUGGACUAUACCCAAAGAUUUGGAAGAUUUGAAAGCUCGGAUUGAAGCAGAGGGUCUAGACAAGGUGAUCCCGAACUCUCCUGAUGGCUCCGAUACCACAUCAUCAGACAAACCCCAAAAUGAAGAAGCAGCUGCAAAGCAAGAGGCGCGGGAAACGCCCCCUUCCCAGCCCGAGACCACCCAGCCAGCUACAACUGUACCAGCUGCCACUACAGCAGGGACAGGGGCUGCUUUGGACCCUGCUGCUGCUGCUGUAAUGAACCCAGCAAUGGCAGCAGCAGCCAUGAUGGGGAUUCCCCUCCCGGGGGUACCCAUGCCCAGUGUUCCGCCGGGUAUCCUACCAUUCAUGGCGGCACAGGGAAUGGUGCCCGGUGCCACUCCAAAGACGGAUGAGGACGCUGGAAGUGCAUCAGAGUCUCAACCAGACACACCAGAACUAAAAGAAGUAGUUUACAACACAAAGGAAGAAGCAAAGGAUGCUUUUAAACAGCUUCUCAGGGAAAGGAGCGUUCCAUCGACAGCAAACUGGGACCAGGCCAUGAGACUGAUAGUAAAUGAUCCUCGAUACAAAGCUCUUACCAAAUUGAGUGAGAAGAAACAAGUUUUCAACAAUUGGAAAGUACAAAGAGGCAAGGAAGAAAAGGAGGAACAGCGAUUGAAAGCCAAGAAGGCAAAGGAAGAACUUCAAGAGUAUCUCCAACAACAUCCUAAAAUGACUUCUACUACUAGAUACAGGAAAGCAGACGCCAUGUUCGAGGAUGAGGAAAUCUGGAGAGUGGUACCCGAUCGCGAUCGAAAGGACCUCUACGAUGAUGUCAUCUUCUUCUUAAGCAAGAAGGAGAAGGAAGAGGCGAAGGUGUUGCGCAAGAGAAACAUUGAGGCGAUGAACAACAUUCUUGAUAGUAUGCCGAACGUGACGUUCCGUACGACGUGGUCCGAGUGCCAGCGCUAUCUGGCUGAGAAUCCAUCGUUUGCUGAAGAUGAUGAGCUUAUGAGCAUGGACAAAGAGGAUGCAUUGAUCUGUUUUGAGGAACACAUUCGUCAGAUGGAGAAGGAGGAAGAAGAAGAGUUAGAGAGAGCUAAGAUGCUGAAGAAGAGACACUUCCGAAAGUGCAGAGAAGCAUUUCUGGUUCUUCUUGAUGAAUUGCACGAUAGAGGUCAGCUUCACUCCAUGGCUCUGUGGAUGGAUCUAUAUCCAAUCGUCAGUGCUGAUCCUCGCUUCAAUAGCAUGCUGGGUAAACCAGGGUCAACGCCCCUUGACCUCUUUAAGUUCUACGUUGAUGACCUCAAGGCCCGUUUCCAUGAUGAGAAGAAAAUCGUCAAGGACAUUCUCAAGGAUAGGAACUUGACAGUGGAACUCACAACAAGUUUUGAUGACUUUGCCAGCACUAUCAGCACAGACAAGAGGGCAUCCACCUUAGAUGCAGGAAACAUCAAGAUGGCGUUCAAUAGUUUGAUCGAGAAGGCGGAAGCAAGGGAGAAGGAGAGACAGAAAGAAGAAGCCAGGAAACAGAGGAGGAAAGAGAGUGCGUUCAAGACGAUGCUCAAACAGUCUGCUCCACCCCUAGAUGUCAACUCAAACUGGGAUGAUGUACGAGAUCGCUUUGUCAACGACCAUGCAUUCGAUGGAAUCACCGUUGAAUCAGAAAGGAUCCGUCUGUUCAAGGAAUUCAUCACUUCACUCGAAGCUGCUUGUGCCCAUCACCAUGGGAAGUCUUCAUCUCGGAAGCAUUCUAAGAAAUCAAAGAAACAUCGCAGCAGACGAUCUCCAUCCAAAUCGUCCGAUUCUGAUGAUGAACAGGAUGAAAGAGAGAGGGAAAGGGAGAGAGAGCGUGAAAGAGAAAGGGAGAGGGAACGAGAACGUGAGAGAGAGAGGGAAAGAGAGAGAGAAAGGGAGAGAGAAAGAGAAAGAGAGAGAGACAGUCACAAACGCUCUAAGAAGAAGAAACGUUCAAAGACACCAUCGGAUUCAUCUGGUCAUGAAUCAGAUCAUAGUAAGAGCAAGACUUCCAAGAGGCACAAGAAGAAAACCAAGAAGAAGCGCAGGAGAACGCCUGCAUCUGAUUCCGGUACGGACGAGAAGGAAAGCGGUGAGAUAUCCGUUCCUCAUAAGCCAAGCAAGUCGGCAACACCAUCCAUGUCUACAGAAACGCCCAAAAAAGAAAAGACUGGCUGGGACACCUCCGACAGUGAAUUAAGCGAGGGAGAGUUGGAAAGGCGGAGAAGAGCAUUACUGGAACAGCUGGCUGAGAAUCAUUGAUCAUGCAACGUCUAUUCAAUCUUAAUUCCUUUUUUCGGGGGGGGGGGAAGAAGUUGUGAAGAUUCAGGAGAGCUAAUUAGACAUGCUCAAAACUUGAUUUUAAGAUUUUGGUUUCUUAAUAUUUUUUGUAUAGCAAGGAUCAUGCUUUUGUUGAGGUUCAAGAGGAGACAGAUGGUCAAUCAUUCACUCUAUUUUUUUUUCAUUCUAAAAAACAUUCCAACAAAUGGAUCUAUUCACAUACUUGAAUAUACCAAUUUUCAUUUUAACUCUAUUCUCGUGCAGGCUAUCUGAAAUUAUAAGACUGAAUACCAUGAUCAACAUUAUUAGAGUGCUAAUAAUAGCGACAAUGUCACUGAUAACUUAAUAAACCAUGUAUCAUUACCUUACUUCGCUGAUUCUGGCUUCGUCAAACAAUGUGUGCACUUUCUCCACUCGUGGAGGAGCAUUCCAGCAAGACUUAUGAAUCUCAAAAUCCUGCUGCAUAUGGCCUAAUGAAUACUAUGCUUGUCCUUGUGUAAAUUUUGAUCUUUUCUGUUUCUAAAUUGUUCAUUUCAUGUGGAGGAGAAAAUGAAAUGAUUAUGAAUUUUGUAAAUAAAUUUGUAUUACAGCCAAA